CGGCAGCUCUUGCUGAAGGGCCUCUUUGACAGUCAAGCAGGAGAGGAUGUGGGCCUCUCCCGCCUUCCUUUCCUCGGCCAGCAGCGGGCAAAGGCUGCCGUAGGAAGGCUCCCGCUGCGCCGGGAUCCUUUGUCUCUCUUUGAAGAGGGAGGAAGGGUGGCAGACAGGAAGACCGCCCCCCCAUUCCUUCUUUCUUCCUUCCGUCCCACUGGCGGCGUCUUUGGGUGGCUCUCGGGUCGCCUUGUCAAUCACCGCUGCCCAGAAGCCACAGGGUUGCCCCGCGCUCCCGCAGACACCCAUCAGAUUGGAAAGUCAUUAUUUACUUACUCGGCCAUGCAGGUUUGGGUUCAGGCAGCUGCUCCUGCUGCCGCCGGGACUUCGCUGCCGCCUUUUGGCCGCUCAUGGAGCGCUAGCGAGCACGAUGGCCGCGCCUCCCGCCUUCUCCGCCCGCCGGCUCCCUAUACUGCAGUCCAUAUUUCUGCUGUUCGCCUGUGCACUCCGCGCUAAGGACAGUAGUGAGGCAGCAGAAGAAGCUGGUACCUGGAAUGAAGAGGUCACCAAAUGGUGGGGAGAAUGGAGCUCCUGGUCUACAUGUUCCCGCACCUGUGGAGGAGGGGUAAUGUCAAGAGAGAGGCACUGCUUAUGGCAGCGGCUACACAUAUCUCAGGGGACAAAUAAUAGCAUGUGCCUGGGUCAGUCGAAGCGCUAUCAGUUAUGCCAACAGCAGCUUUGCCCUGCCAACACAGCCAGUUUCAAGCAACAUCAGUGUGCCAGUUUCAAUGCCAAGGCCUUUGGGAAACACUAUUAUCAUUGGAUGCCACUCUACCCAGAUGAUUACACCAGCAUCUCUAACAAGCCCUGUGAUCUCCAAUGCACUUCAAGGAAUGGAGAGAGACAACUUAUGGCACAAGCCCAGGAUGGCACAUCGUGCAAGGAUAGGGCUUACCAAGGAGUCUGUAUCAGUGGGAAGUGUGAGCCAAUAGGGUGUGAUGGCAGCCUCUAUUCUUCCCAGGUGAUGGACCGAUGCCGGGUAUGUGGAGGAGAUGGAAGCACUUGCUACCGAGUCUCAGGCAGUUUCCGAAAGGGGAUCUCACAGUUAGGAUACGUAUUUAUCACCAACAUUCCUGCUGGUGCUACAGAUAUACUCAUUAUUGAACGAAGGAAGACAGAAAAUAUCCUGGCUCUGGCUGAUGAUCUGGGGCAUUUCUUCUUCAAUGGAAACUCUGCUAUUGACAAUCCACAGAAUUUUAGAGUGGCUGGCACCGUGUUCAAAUACCGCCGUCCUUCCAAUCUACAUUCUGAUGGUCUGGAAUACAUUAUUGCACAAGGGCCCACUAAUCAGUCUCUCAACGUCAUGUACUACAAUUUCAAUGGAAAAAUGCCACAUGUAACAUAUGACUACACUGUGCCUAGAGCAUUGUCACCAGCUGUUCAGACAGUUCCGCCAUCCAUCAAGAUGCCUCUCUAUCUUCACUUACCAGAGCCUAGCCAAAAUUACCAAGAUGCAGUUUCAUCCAUUUCCCAAGAUUUCAAUGCUUCUUGGGCUUCUGUCACAGAGAUGACAGAUGACACAGAAGAAGAACCUGGAGGCAUGUCCUUCAAUAGCCAGAACUUCUUCCUAAAUAACUCCACUCCCCAAGGCAAAGAAUGGGGCUGGAAACAUGGGGCACAGGAGGAAAAUCUCAGCUUUCAAUUCCAACAACUUUAUGAAACAAGUGAAGAUGAAGAAGUGACAGCUGACAAAGAAGCAGAUCUGGCCCUCAGACUCAAUAAUAUUAUGAUCAGCACAGCCACACCACAUGGUGCAGCAAGAUUUGAACUCCAUGAAGCUAAUAAGAUUGGUCCAUCCAGACAGCAUCUCUUCAGAUCAUUGUGUCUCCAGGAUCUACAGAAUGCUGCUUUUUGUAGGGCAUUGCAUUACAUGACAGCCAAGGCUGGGAGAAAGAAUUCAACAGUCGGGUUGUGGGCUCACGCAACUAUCAAAUGGCCAGGAGGACUGCCCAAGCAACCUGCAAAAAAGAACUUUCCAGACAAAGUGAAUGUCGACCCUUUUGCAAUAAAUAAAGCAACAAAUGACACUGUCAUGGCAAUUUCUUCCAACCCUAGCUCCAGCUCCAGGCUUCCAAUCAGCUUUGGGAAUGAGCAGUUGUCAGAGCCUCUUCAAGGUCCAGGUGCUGAAAGCAAUGACUUUGAACUGAGUUCCCUUGGCCGUGAGGACAUCAGCUUGGCUGACAUGUAUCGCUGGAAGGUAUCAGCCUAUGCUCCUUGCAGCUCCACAUGCACAUCAGGGAUCAGCACCUCCUAUGCUAUGUGUGUCCGCUAUGACGGAGUAGAAGUAGAAGAAACCUACUGUGAUGCAUUGACUCGUCCUGAACCCACUCAUGAAUUCUGCGCAGGCCGAGAGUGCCAGCCUAGGUGGGAGACCAGCCAGUGGAGUGAGUGUUCAAGAACUUGUGGUGAAGGUUAUCAGUACCGAAUUGUGCGCUGUUGGAAGAUGCUGGCUCCCGGCUUUGAUAGUUCAGUCUACGAUGACAUGUGUGAAUCAGCUGGACUAACCAGGCCUAUGGAACGGAAAUCAUGCAAGAACAAAGUUUGUGGGCCGCAGUGGGAGUUGUCAGAAUGGUCUGAGUGUUCUGCUCGGUGUGGCAGUCAAGGGACAGUGAGAAGAGAAGUGCGCUGUUCAGUGGAACCCAAACUGUGCAAUCAAUCUACAAAGCCCAUCAAUGAGAAGGAGUGUUUAGGUCCUCCCUGUGACAGGCACUGGGCUACUUCUGACUGGGGACCGUGCUCAGGUUUGUGUGGUGAGGGACGGAUGAAUCGCUUGGUCACCUGCCGCAAUGUGGAAGGGAAGUUGAUCUCGGAGUCCCAGUGCAAUCCCAACACUAAGCCCCUGGCAAUCUACCCCUGUGGAGAUAAGAACUGCCCUGCCCAUUGGGUCCAGCAAGAAUGGGACCACUGCAAUGCCACAUGUGGCCGAGGUGUCAAGAUGCGGACAGUGCUGUGUGUGGGAUUAGAAAAUGGCCUGUACAAGGAGUAUCCUGAGAAGCGCUGCGAGGUUUCUCCAAAGCCAGAAAUACAAGCCCCAUGUUUCCAGAGACCCUGUUCCACAUGGUUUUCAACCUCUUGGUCUCAGUGCAGCAAGACCUGUGGCACUGGCCUGCGUUUCCGUGAAGUGAAGUGCUACCAAGGAGAAACCUUAGGCCAAGGCUGUGAGUCAACAUCCAAACCUGAAGCCAGGCAAGCUUGCCAACUACAGCCGUGUCCCACCGAUGCUCCAGACGAAGACUGUGAUGACAAAGCAACAGCUAACUGUGUGUUGGUGCUGAAAGUAAAGCUCUGUUCACACUGGUAUUACAGAAAGGCUUGCUGCAGGUCUUGUAAGGGCAAAACACCGUGAUUUGGCCCCUGCUUCUUCCACUUCAGAAUAAGAAGCAUCAAGAGAGAAACUUGAUGAAGGCCUGCCUUCUUGACCAGAAAUUGCCUGACCCUUAUGGACAGCCCAGAACAUUGGCCCACUUAUUAGAAUGUUACAGGCCUUUUCAUUAGGAGGCCUGCUCCUAUAUAUUGUGCAGGUGAUCUAAUAAUCAGGCUCCAGGAUGCUAUUCACAGGCAUUUUGUCAUGCUAAGUAAUAUUAAAAUCUCUGCUUCUCACUUCCUUGACUUCCUGGGACUGGAUGUAUCCCUGAUUGAGUCUGAAUUUCAGUGGCAUCAUCUGAUACUGUUUGAAAGCUACAUACAGCUUGGGAUGUGCAAAUCACCAGUGUUGCAUCAUCAGCCCCCUAAUGAUGUUGCCCUUCCAUCCUUAUAUAUCUAGGUGAAUUCCACUCUUAACAGGUAUGUCAUAUUUUAGAGAGUGUUUCUCAUCCUUGGCAAUUUUAAGACAGGUAGAAUCUCACAGCCAGCAUGGGAGUUGAAAUCUACACAUAUUAAAAGUUACUGAGGUUGACAAAUACUGUAUUUCUUUUUAUGAACUGCUUCUAUUGGUUGAGCUUUAUAGCCACACCUUGUACCAAAAGGUCCAUAUAUAAUUUUAGAACAUUCUCUUACAUUUAGACAUAACAUGAAAUCCAGCAAUGGUCAGUCUAAUCUGGUCCAACCUAGUUUCUGACUGUGCAACUAAAUGGCUGUAGGGGAGCCCCAUGUCAAAUAUAAAGACAAUAAAAGAUAAAAUGCUCUUUUGUUUCCUGCUGAUUUCAUGGACACAACUUUGCCAUUUUCUUGCCAAAUGGGUUCACUGUUGUCUUUUUCUGAGAAUUUUUCCAAUUUCUCAAUCAAUCCUACAGCCUUAGUACUCCUUGAUAGUUUUCCAUCUAAGAAUUGAUGGGGCCAGUAGCUUUUCUAGAUUGGCCAGUUGGAUAGAUUGCCCCUACACAAUCCAUUUCUAGAGAUAGUCUUCUUUAUAUCCAAGUGGAUUUCAAAUGGCAAAGAGGCUAUCAGAAUUUUGAGAGGAGGGGAAAUUUCCAAUGGCUUUCUAAAAUCAGAAUAAGAUUAGGAUGAUAAUCUGGGCCUUCUAAAAACAUGUACACUGGCGGACACAACUUCAUUUAUCUUGCUCCCCAAAGAAAACUUUCUAGCUGGAUGAUAGUUGGGAAAGGGUGGCAAACAGCCUUUGCCUUCAUGAGGACGGGUGGAUCCUUACCUCCUUUAAAGUUGGUAGCAUCAUUGCAUCAUACAAAGUCAUUUUUACCACUUUUUGGUUAACUCAGAAGUCAGGCAGUUACAGUUGUCAAUGAUCUGAGCUAAAAAGUUGAGAAACAUCUUGUGCAGUUAGAUCAGAUGGUACGCAGGCUUCCUGGGAUUCUCUUGUGUCAAAAGCAGUCAAACACAAUGGUCUUCUUUUAUACUUUACACGUGAAAGUUCUUUAUUGUGAAACCAAAUCUGGUUGAAAGCUAAAGGACUCUGAGAAGAGAGAGUAGGGAUCUUCAGCUGACCUAUCAAGAACAGGCUGAGUAGCAUACCCAUCACUUGUUCAUAAUUUUCCCCACUAUGGAGGAAGGGGUUGCUGGUUUUUUUUAAUAUUUCAUUUAUGGUCCAUUCUAAAAGUGCAGUAGGUACAUUUCAUGAAAACCUGGGCUGUCUUUUUGUAAUGCAUGUCUUGGGUUUUUUGUUUCUUGACAGUGAAAAAACCUACCACAAGAGUAGUUAUUGUAUUAUAGUGGAGUCUCCAUGAUCCUUCUCUUUUCUCUACUGGCUUGCCUGGGCAUUAGCACUAGAUCUCUGGGAACUGGAGUAAUAAUAAUGGGAAAACCUGCUUUGGGUUUCCCUGUAUGAGUUUUGGUGUAAAACUGAUCUUAAGAGAUUGGGAAGAGAUUCUUCAGGCCCUCCUUAAUGGCACUUUUAGGAGGGCCUGAAGAAAAGAUGAGAAAAGGGAAGUGCAAGAAAGAAACAAAAUAGUUUCCUUGAACUUGUAUAGUAUAAGAUAGGACAAAGUGAAACUUGGACAUACUUUCUGUCACUCUACUUUGACUCCAAUAAAGAGCUUUCACUGAAUUUCUGCUCUGUUUCUUGAUCUGACGUACCUUGAAGGCUUGGCAUUGGGUUCCUCAUGGUAUCCCAGUAUUUGCAGCAAUUUUCCUGACCUUGCCAUGAUGCCAUUGCCAGAGUCAAUGACUGAGUAACCUUAAAAAAUGGAUGGAUGGAUGGACAGAGAAAGUACCAGGUUUGUAGGGAGAGAUAGCCAGAAAGUUCUGUUCAGUUCUUUUCCAGAUUAAAUGAAAAACAUAGUUUCCUCUGUGUACUAAAUAAACGUGCCAUGGAAAAGGACUAUGGUAAAUCUUUUUUUCUCAAUUGGUUAGGAUAAGAGAAGUUAAAGCACUAUAAGAAUUUAAGACAACUACCAUAGUAUACCAUAACAUUAAGCAUCAGAAAAAUAGAGGAUUACGAUAAAAAGAACAAUGGCAAAAAAGUAAAAAUAAAUAAUAGUGUUUUAUUUUUCUCUCCAUUGACUAAAUGUUCAUUUGCCACUUUCUUUUCAUCUAGCGCCACAAGAUAUUACUGAGAAAACCAGAUCCUCCUUGCCAUUCACCUUCUUUUAAAAAAUAAAAGCAUUUAGAGCAGAACCACCCGUUGCGAGGUGGCAAACUGGAUUGUAUGGGAAAAGGCAAUGCUUUAGCCCCUGUGGUCCCAGACCAUUUGUAACUGGGGAGUAGGAGAACUUAAGGAUUUUGAGCUACGUCUAGAAUCAGUUGGUUGCCAGUGUGCAAGUUGUUCAAAAGAUGCUCCUCCUGCUGCAGUCUAAAGGAAGAUGAUCCAGAAUUUUUCCAGCUUGCUUUCCAUUCAGGGUCAUCUUUGGAAGGGCUGUCAGUCCCUUUCCAUCAUUUUCAAGUGACUUAGGCUGAAUCUAAGGUGCAGAAGAGGAGGUUACAUACUUCAAAGUGAAGAUGAGAAGUAGGUUUUCCCACUUGUACAAAAAACCUCAUCCUCAUUAAAAGAAUAAACAGCACCAUAGAUAUAAUGAAACACAAGUCUGUUUCCUUGCUAUCUUAAUCCCCUCCCCAAUAAAUAUAGGAUUAGUGGGCUUUUAUAUUUAUAUUCAGCUAACCUGCAAAAAGAAUGAAUUACUGUAGUCAAAAUAAUCUUGAUUCCUAUGUGUCAGUGAGCUUUUGAUAAUUUGAAUAUGGCGUUAUGCACUAAAUCAGCCCUAUAAAGUAGUGGUGAAAUGCAAUUUUUUUUACUACUGGUUCUGUGGGCGUGGCUUGCUUGGGGGGGUCAUGUGACCGGGUGGGCGUGGCCAACUUUAAAAAAAAACUUUUUAAAGCAUUUUUACUACCUAUUUGCCCAAACUAGUAAAAAAAUGCUUUAAAAAGGUUCCGACGAUUGCACAGCACAGCUGUGAUCAUCAGAACCUUGCCCCCCCCCCACUUUUUUAAAGCAUUUUUUUACUACAGGUUCAGGCACAUAGAUAGUAAAAAAUGCUUUAAAAAAGUAAAAAAAAGGGUUCCGACGAUCGCACGGCACAGCCUGAACCAGAGCGAACCGGUAGCAUUUCACCCCUGUUAUAAAGAUUAGCUAGAGCCAACCUUUCACCGUACAUGAGAAUGCAUGAAAAAUUCACUGAGGAAUAACCCCUAGUGCAAACUUAAAAUUAUGGGUACUUGUACAUGGUGAUGGUAUUUAGCCUUGUUUAGGGAUAUAUCUAAAUCAUUUUGAAAUCUCAGAAAACCACAGGUGUAAAAUAAGAUUACAACUACUAUGUAGAAAGGUAUAAUUUGGGCGAAAACAUCCAUAUAGGAAACAGUGCAUUCCUAGUUGGCUUAUAAGCAACAACAUCUAAAACCAUAUGUUGACUAUAAUUCUAUCAUACAGUCAAGUGUCAUUAGCAAUAUUAAGUUUGUUUGGGCAAAUAGCCACUUGCUAGAAAGGAAUACAAGUGAGCCAGUGUGGUGUAGCAGUUAAGGUAUCAGGCUACAAACUAGGAGACUGAGUUCUAAUCCCAUUUUAGUUAUAAAGCCAACUGGGUAACCUUGAGCCAGACCCUCUCUCUGAGCCCUAGAAAGUAGGGAAGGGCAAACUUCUGAAAAACCUUGCCAAGAAAAAUGUAGGAGGGAGCCAAAAACUUACUCAUAGGCACAAAAAAGAAA